UACAUAAUUUAGAAAGAAUGAUGAAAUUCUGGAAGUUCUAUUGGCAUAAGCAACCUUGCAUGUUUAAGAAAAAGUUUUAAGAAAUGAAAAAUAUUGAGAGUUCUAUUGCGGAGGUUAAGUUAGUAUUAAAUCUAACAAAUUGAAGCAAUAUUUCUAUUCUCCGCAAUUUAUACAUUUGUGAAAGUUAAUAUCUCACGAUCCGAAAAAGAAAAGGCGCCAGUUUUCCCUACCUUUUUUUUUUUUUUUUUUUUUCGGUCUGUUACAUUUGGAAAGAAAAAAAAAAACAUUUGGGGCUGAGAUUUUCUUUCUUACAGAAACAAAAGAAAGAAAGCAAUUUAUUUCCUGGAAAUCACAGCUUACGGCGAAUUCAAAAGGAAUGCAGUAAAAAGACCGAACAAGAAGGUUCUAGUUUCUACUUCUUAUAGUACUAGUUUUCCAGGUUACUGCAUUCUCCCUCCUCAUCAAAAUCUUGUAGCUGAUGUUGGAAUAUUGGAUACUAGUUCUCUGAAGAGUCUUCGUUGGUGCACACUAAUUUGAUUUUGGUUUAUUAGCUCUGCUUUUGAAAAAAGAUACUGUUCUUUAAUACUUUCCAAUGGAUAAAUCUUGGAUGGGAAUGCCAAGGAACACAGCGAAAUAUUUGCUUGGUUUGAAUCAGUUUCUAGAUUUUGCGUUUAAGAAUGGGAACGUACGAGAUAGAAUAAAAUGUCCAUGUCCGAAAUGUGGUUUUGCGAAGUGGCAAACUAGAGAUACAGUGUUUGAUCAUUUGGUUUGCAAGCCAUUCCCUAAAAAUUAUGUCACUUGGGUUAUGCAUGGUGAAAGGAAUGUUUUGCAUCCUUCUAGAGAUGCUGAAAUUCAGAAGAAACGGACAAAUCCACACUCUGGUGGCUCCGAACCUAACUUUAGAAGAAAGGUUCAAAUGACGGUUGAGACUGGAGAAAAGCCUAGGUGUGGACAGCUUUACCCUGCUACUCAUAAGAAUCAAGAUGAAUCAUAUGUUAAUGAGGAGACAAGAGGCAUAUGUAAAAAAGUUGAGCUAGCUUUGAGACAAAGUACCACGGAUGAGCAUGAAGUGUCUUCAAAUGAUUUUGUUGGUAAAGUGCUAGGAAAAGAGCACCCUGGAACGGUGAGAUGCCUGGGAUUUGGAGCUGCUCCAAGCAGUAGUUGUGGACAGAAAAGACUUUGUCUUGGUGGUGUUAACUUUUCAUCCAUAAAUGAUGGUUCAUGUUUUCAUGAGUGCCAAGAGAAGUACAAUCAAUGCCAGGAGGCGUACAAUCAAUGCCAAGAGAGGUACAAUCAAUGCAAAGAUAAGUACAAUCAACUGAUGAAUGCUUUGAAAGCAUACAUGAUAAUGAAGGAAGGGAAAAUACCUGAACAAUUUGCAGGGAUUUUUGAUUCUCCUCCUAUAACGCCAAAUGAUGCAGCUACUGUUCCAUCCAUGGAUGCAAGAUCAUCUGGUGGCAGUAAUUCCAGUGGUAGCAGCCAUUGAGGUUCAUUACAUUUUGAAUUGGAUGAAUUAGGUGUGAAUGAAUGAAUGAAGUGGGAAUUGUGUUUAAUUUAGUUUGAUGACUAUUAACGAAAAUACCUUAUGUGAAUGAAUGAUUAACAGUGCGGAUAAUCCCAUGGUAGCCCAAAGGUAGGAAAAUCACCCAUUCAACGAUGUCUUCUUUUAGUUGUUGCUGAAUUGGUGCCAUUAGCAUUAGUAGGAUUAAAAAAGUAUCAUCAGGUUGUUGAUGCUUAGAGAAGUAAGUCCAUUCUGUUCUAGUGGACAUUUGUUUCAGUUUCUAUCAGUUUGUCCUGAUUUAGUA